AUGGCCGGAUAUGUAAAGAAUAUAGAUAUGGAUAUAUUUAGCGAAAGUUUGAGAGAGAUUUGCCCCAAAUUUAAUGUCAAAGCUCUCACGGAAUUCCAACACAAUGCGUUGAUUAAUUUUAUCCAAGGAAAAGACGUGUUCGUAAAUAUGCCUACUGGUUCAGGUAAAUAUUGAUUUACAUUUUCAAAAUAUAUAUGAAUAGCAUUUAAUUUAUAUAUAAAGUGUUAAUACAACUUUCUCAUGAUGUCUGCAGACUAGCAGUGAAAAACUUGUGUUGAAAAUAUUACGAUCAGAGAACGUCUUAAAAUAUCUGUCUACCCUAAAGAUUUAAGUGUUUUUUGAUUUGGUAUAUAGAAGAUAUUUUUAUAUUAAAUUGUAAUUUAACGUUUGGCAUGUUGUUUUGAUUUAGGUAAAUCUCUUGUGUUCCAAAUUGCACCUUUGGUGGAAAUGUGGAUGUCCUCGCGAUAUAUAGACUCUGUAGUGUGGAAGCAAGAUCCUAUCAUCAUCAUUAUAUGCCCAUUAGUUGCACUUAUGAAAGAUCAGGUCAACCAUUUAAACAAUAUAGGUUUUAAAGCAGCUUAUGUAGGAUGUGAAGAGGCAGAAAAGGGUAUAGACAAUGGUGAUUUUAUGUAUGUAUUCAUAUCCCCUGAAUCAAUCCUUUCGAAUGAACGUUGGCGAUGUAUGUUGGAGAAAAAGCCUUAUCAGGAAAGGUUAGUUGGUAUAGUUGUAGAUGAAGCCCAUUGUAUUGUCGAAUGGGGUACUUCAUCAAACAACAAAAAGAAAACUAUUUUUCGUAUCUGGUAUUCUCGUCUCAAUGAGUUGAGAUCUUUAGUUCAAAAGGGAGUGACGUUCUUGGCAUUAACUGCUACUGCUACAAAAAAGACUAAACAACAGAUUUUUGAUAUGUUGGAACUGAAAGAACCAGUUGAAAUUAUAGAUAAUCCUGACCGACCGAAUAUUUGCUUUGUUGUUUAA